AUGGUGAGCUGGGAGCAACUCAUCAUCAAUGAGCAUUCCGCCUUCUCAUGGUUACUAAUCCCCUUUUUCUCCAGUAGCAUCGUAGUAAUAAUAAUAAUAACCCUCCUCUUGAAAUUGAAAAGUAGCAGCAGCAGCUCCUCCACCACCGCGAAAAAAAACAUUCCGGGCCCACGGAGGCUCCCAAUUAUUGGGAACCUCCACCAGCUGGUCUCGGCCCUCCCCCACCAGCGUCUGUGCGACCUGGCCCGCGAACACGGGCCAGACGUGAUGCACCUCCGGCUCGGGGAGGUGCCACACGUGGUGGUGUCCUCCAGCAGGGCCGCGCGCGAAGUGAUGAAGACCCACGACGCCGUUUUCGCGUCCCGGCCGUCGCUUCUGGCCGCGGAGAUGAUGACGUACGCCGGGAGCGACCUGGUGUUCACCCGGUACGGAGAGAGCUACAAGCGCCUCCGCAAGAUCUGCGUGGUGGAGGUCCUCGGAGCGGGUCGGGUCCGGUACUUCCGGCCCGUCCGGGAGGAGGAGGUGGCCGAUCUCGUGCGCAAGUUCUCCCGGCGGGCGGCUCGCGGGGAGGCGGUGGACGUCAGCCGGGAGAUGUUCUGGCUGUCGAGCCGGAUCACGUGCCGGACGGUGCUGGGGAAGGCGAGGGAGCUGGACGACGGGUUUCUGAGGAUGGUGGAGAGUGUCUCGGAGGUCAUGGCCGGAUUCAAGGUGUCGGAUCUCUUCCCUUCACUGAAAUUCCUCCCGGCGGUGACCGGGUACAAGGCUCAGCUGAGGAGGAUGCGUCGGGAGAUGGAGUCGAUGCUUGAUGGGAUCAUUGAUGAACACAAGGAGAGGAGAGCGGAAGGAGGCGGCGGCAAUGAGGAGGAUCUGGUUGACGUCCUCCUCAAUCUUCAAGCAAGCGGUAGCACAGACUUCAGCCUCACCAUGGACAACAUCAAAGCUGUCACUGUGGUAAGCUCCGACAAACUGAUAAUAUUAUGUUUACAGGAAGUUUUCAUUGCCGGAGUUGAAACCUCCGCGACGGCCAUAGAUUGGACGAUGGCUGAGAUGAUGAAAGACGAGAGAGUACUUCGAAAAGCACAAGAGGAAGUACGACAAGUGUACCGUGGGAAAACAAAUGUGGAUGAGUCAAGCCUCCACGAACUCAAAUACUUGGACUUAGUCAUCAAAGAAAGUCUAAGAUUACACCCUCCACUGCCUUUGCUUUUUCCAAGAGAGAGCCAAGCAAAAGUUGAAGUUUGUGGAUACGAGAUCCCUGCGAAAACCAAAGUGAUAGUCAAUUGUUGGGCUAUAGGGAGAGAUCCUCAGUAUUGGAUAGAACCCACCAAAUUUUAUCCAGAGAGGUUCGCGGACUCCACGAUAGAUUACAAGGGAAACAAUUUCGAAUUCAUUCCAUUUGGAGCCGGAAGAAGAAUGUGUCCUGGAAUGCUUUACGCGACUGCAGUUGUGAAACUCACAUUGGCAAACUUGCUAUAUCAUUUUGAUUGGAAGCUUGUUGAUGGAAUGGAUGCAGAAAAUUUGGACAUGACAGAAGCUUUUGGGGUUGCGGUGGGGAGGAAGUGCAGCCUGUGCUUGAUCCCUAUUGCAUAUGAUGACGUCCCAAUAUAA